AUGAUUCUUGUUAUUAAUGUGAAUAUUCAUGUAUAAACUUUUGCAAAACUUGUGAAUUUGGAAGUUGUUUUGAAUGUAUUUUUUGGAUAUGAUCUUAAUGCUGAUUUUAAUUGUGUUCCUAUGUGUGGAGAUGGCAAUGUAAUUCCCUAUUCGGCUGAAUAAUGCGAUCUGACAGAUGAUGGGAAAUAGGAUAACUGUUAGGAUUGCCUUUAUAUAUUAAUUGCUGAUUGUAAACAUUAAUUACUUUCAAUGUGCUUGGAGUGUGAAGUAGGAUUUCAGCUGUUAGAAAAUGCAUGUUUUCCUCAUUGUGGAGAUAAAUUCAUUCUCCAAUAAUAUGAGGAAUGUGAUGAUGGAAAUUUGUAACCUUAUGACGGUUGUUUCUAAUGCAAGUUCGAAUGCUCCGAAGAUUGUAACAUAUGUGAUAAAGGAUAGUGCAUUUUACAAUGUGAAGAUGGAUACAAGUUUGUUAAUAAUAAUUGUCUUUCUGUUUGUGGUGAUCAGAUAGUCACAAAAGAAGAGGAUUGUGAUGAUGGCAAUACAAUCCAAUUUGAUGGUUGCUUCAAUUGUAUGUACUCUUAUUCUUGUCCUGAAAAUUGCUAUGACUGCUAUCAAGGUACUUGUUUAGACUGCAAUCAUAAAUACUAAUUACUAAAUUCAAAUUAAUGCAAACUAUAAUUAGAUUGUGGAGAUGGAUAGCUUUUUAGAAACAAGAGGAAUGUGAUGAUGGAAAUUAUGAGGCUUUAGAUGGAUGUACUAAUUGUUUGAUUGAAUAUAGUUGGGUAUGCGCCACGAUGAUAAAAGGUUCUCCUAGCUAAUGUUCAUUUUCCAAACCUCCAAAAUUAGUAAUUACGUAUCUCAAUAUGACUUAAAAUAACUAAUAUAUAAGCAUCUAGUUUAAUUAAUAAGUAAAAGUAUACACAACUUCGCCUUUAUCAGAAAGAAUAAAUUUUAGUUUAUCAAAUUUAAAAAAGAAGAAUUGGAUUAGCAAUUUAACUAUCAAUUAGGAUGUGGGAUCAUAUGUUAGUUUUGGAGAAUAUGUCAUCAAAAUAAACGUGCUAUAAUUACUUGA